GUACCGGCCGGCGCGCAUACCUCGACUCGAUCAGACCGGCCGCGAAGCUCUCGCGUUGAUAACGCUAGUACGCGUCUGACCUACCUACAUGCAGUUAACCACGAUAAGAAUUCCUAAUCGUAGUGCAUGUUUGAAAAAAAUGGAUUGCCAGGAAGACCUAACUUAGUUGAUUAAGUGUUAUACAUACCUGAACGAAACAGUACAAGAAUUUAGGAAUUUAAAUGUUAUGUGCCAGUGUUGACAGCAAUAUUUUGUUUUUUAUUGUGCUAUAAGUGAAUAUGGAAACACGACAUUAUUGGGAGGAGAACGGACACGCCGUUAAAUAUGACAAUUACAACUCCAACGACGGGUUUGGGCGGGUGGCAGAGCAGCUAAACUUCACGGCGCCUUCCGAGGACGAGGCGGAGUACUCGGCCGGCGCCUACCUGAAGAAGGGGAAGCAAGAUCCGAUGUCACAUCGAAUCAUCGAAAAGCGGCGUCGAGACCGCAUGAACAACUGCCUCGCAGACCUCUCCCGGCUGAUUCCCCCUGAGUACCUGAAGAAGGGCCGCGGCAGGGUUGAGAAGACCGAGAUCAUCGAGAUGGCCAUCCGACACCUCAAGUUCCUCCAGGAGAGAGCCAAUGCGGCUGAGAGGCAGGUGGGAGCAGAGCACUUCCGAGCGGGCUACCACGAGGCGGUGGCCGAGGCUGUCAGGUUCCUCGUCGAGGUGCAGGGCUACGGGCCAGGAGAUGGACUUUGCGUUCAGAUGGCCUCGCAUUUGCAGAGGCAUUGCGAAGUUGUUACCAAAGGCGAUCUGCCGUUGCGUGAGAAGCCACGGUCCUACCCAGGGUCGUCAUCUGAGACCGCCAGCUCCUCCAGCAGUUCUCACAGUUACGUGGUGAAGCCCGGAGUGAUCACGCAAGCGCCCCCGCCCGCGCCCCCCGCCUACCCGCCUGAGACCUACGAGCCGGAGAGGCAUCAAGAAUCAUAUCCUAUGGAAUGUGAUAGAGCUGCUAAAAGUCCCUUUUUCCCGCCAGUUGCCCCCAUACCGGUGGCGGCAGAGGGGGAGGCUAUGGCCGAAGAGGAGCCCUUACCAUUGGACGGGCGACGAAAGCGAGAGCCAACGCUGAGAACAGUGAGGAAGCCCGAACACAACGAGGAUUUCCUUCAUUCCUACAAGUUCAAAAAUUCUAUAGAAAGGAGAUUUUCAAGGUCACAGGACACUGAGGCAUUAGAAAACGGCGGCGGUCGCGCAUCGCACGGCAAGUUGUACAACCACAAGCGACGCCGCGCGGCCAAGCUCACGCCCUCCACCUCUACCUCAGGCUCCACAGAGGAGAACCGCGACACCUCGCCGCAGGACACGUCGAGCGAGUCGCCACAUCAUCAUAACCACUAUGAGAAGCCUCCGCCGCCUACACAAUAUGUUCCUGUAUUCGCGUUAAAUGCUUUAGGAAAAUACUACGUCCCGCUAAGCGUAGAGUACGCAUGUCUGGCGCGGCAGCUCGGGCCCUACGACGUGCUGGACGCGCGCGCGGCGCACGUGGCGGCGCCGCUGCACCCGGUCACCAUCCACGUCAACUUCCAGCCCUGUCUCAACUACCACGUCAAGCGCGAGCCCCACGACCGCGACUGGCGUGCUGUGUGAAACUAACGCCUGUUUUACAUUACAAUAGUGACACUAAACAGUUAAUUUCACGUGUAAACGUCGUUUUUCACCGUUUUACACGUGCAAUUUUUGAUACUAAAUAUGGUGAUAAAAAUUAGGCUACGCAUUUACUUUUCUGUGCCUAGCAAAAUUAAAAUGACAAGUUACAACAGGGUCUCCGGAUUUUGGAUAUUUUAUGUUCAAAAACUUAAACUAUAUGUUUUUACAUUACUAAAACCAUCUAUCAAUUUGAAGAAAUCAAUUCGUAUCUGAAAAUUAUUUGAAUACGGAGUUGAAAACCACCAGCGAAACUAAAUAUCGAGCUCCAGACUAUUUAAUUUACAAUUCUGAGAAAGCGAAGCGAAAUACCGUUUUAUCUGAUGGAAAAUAAAACUUGUGCAAACAAAUACCAACGUGCACGGGUCUGAUAUCAAAUCAAAAUACAGAUAAACAAAUAGCCAUAUCUUGUAAAUAUAGCAAUAGCUGUUGCGUUAUUAAUUACGCAACUUAAUUGAACCUAUCUACCUAUAGUACCUAUGAUAAAUAUGUAUGGUCCAGUCUAGUCAAUGGACAAUACAGGAAAUUUUGUUAUCUCUAUGAGAAAAUAAACAAGCUUAAUCUAGUAAUACAAAUCGUUGACGGAACAUUAUGUGGCCGUGAAAGGAUAACGGCAAAAAGAUAUUUCUGUAUGCCUGCAAGUUCAAGUGACUUUGGCUGCUUGUCUCUGAACAUUUAAUGUUUUGAAUAGUGCAAUAAGAGAUUCAAAAUCGUUGGAAGAGACAAAGUAUCAGUGUUCUUAGUUACGGCUGUGAUAGUAAUGAUCGAGUCAAGACCGUUGCAAGAAAUCAAGAAAUUCAGAUUACGAAACAAUAUUUUGAUAUCUUCAAAAUUGUAUAAAGGGAUUUAAAAUGCCAUACGCCGUAAGGUGAAGGUUCCAGUGUCAUUAUAGUUAUCAAAAUAUUGAUUCGAAAAACUUGUAAUGGUUAAGUAACUUUUUAAAUGUUUAACAUUUACAAAGGUUAAGGUGGAACGAAUUUCGAGUAUGUCUGCUCUUGUAGACUUGUUUUUAAAGACUGAGGUUUUCUUUACUUUGGACAAAACAAUAAUUCGUAUGCGUCACAUUUUUUAGUUUGUUUUCGUUGAAUCACCCCUCGUGUUUCUUUAGUAGCAGUAUUAUAUUUAACACUGCUAUAUAACGAGAAAAAAAAUAUCGAAAUGUGACAGUAAUACUCAUUAUAACUAGCGUUUUUUCGAUAAGUAACACUGUUACUAAUCCGCACUCAGUAUUUCCUAUGAGUAACACUGUUACCAAUCCUAUCGUGUUGAGUAACUGUACUUAUGUAAAAAGAUAAAACACAGUUAUAUUUCGAGAUUUUAGUGAGAGGUGAAUCAAUGUAACGUUUUUUUAUAUGAAAUUUAGACUAAAUGCGAAAAUCUUUAUAUUGUUUUUUUUUUUUACGCCAUAUGACGUAUACGAAUAUUUGUUCUUGCAGCUGAAUGGGGUGUUAAAUUUUACGUAAUGCUAGAUUUAUUUUCGAUGUUAACAGCGGUACAGGAACCUGGUACCUGUUGUACCUAAUUAGUUUUUUCCACUGAUAUAGUUUUUAUGGUGUAACAGGUUCCUAUAGCGCAUCUUACGUUAGUCUGUUAUAUAUCUACUUUAUACUAUGUAAAUACAAAUGUUUAAGCAUUAUUAUAUGUGAAUUAUUUUACCAA